AUGGUAGAAUCAAAUGCUUCGGUUCCUAAUGAACAGUUGAUUGAGUCACCCACCGGCAGUAACUCGUCGUCAGAUCUUCCUGAUACCUCGAUGCACUCGUGUCUCCCUUCCAGGGAAGGCGUCAGCUACGAGGUGCCUUCAAACUAUGUUCCAUAUUUGACCCAUCAACCUUCAUUAGAUGAAAUUAGGCGACACGACCAGGUGAACAAACCCAAUUCAUCUCUUUACCGCGGUCAUGUUCUUCAAGCCCGCCCAAAGGCGUGGAGCAGAGAGCCCAUGGGAUAUCACCAUGAGUACUAUGAAGGCGGCGGCCCACCGGCUAAUUCGCCACCGGCUAAAUUAGAAAAGGAGCAUAUUAGGGCUCCAAUGUACGAGUACGGUAUGGGUGCAACAGAAGAAGGACCCUCUGUACCGGUCUAUACGUUACAAGAAACGUCGUCGUAUGAAACAUGCUACGGAUUGUACAGAGAGAACGGAUCGUCUGACGGAGAAAAGGGCGAGAAAACAGUGAUACCCAAAAGCGACGGCAGAAUAAUUAAAACGAAGAACAAGAGAUCACACGCUGCGAUUGCUCCACGAACACCCUUAAGGAGUAAAAAAUCCAAAAGUCACCUGGGUGCGGUUAAUCGGUUGCGUGGCCAAAUCAACAAAGCGAGCUUGGAAAACAACCCACAGCCUGAAGCCGAGCAUGGCCUUCAAAUGCCGCUCCUGGACUCACGGUCUCUGCUGAACUUUUUUCGUUCACCAGACGGCGGGUCUAAGCGUUCGCAGCGGGACUCUGACCAAGAACUUAGCGACACUGGAGAUAGGGAACACGAUAAUGAAACUACUACUGCUAAUGAGCCUGGAGCUCGCCGGUUUAUGAACAUGCUACCUAUGCCUAUGGCGUCUCAUUUAAUAUCUUCCGAAAAAGCGGACACGACCCCGCGACUAAUACGAACGUCUGAGAUUGGACGCAAAUCCCCGCCGGACUACCUAUACGGAGGGGCAUACACAAACAAAGAUCGAGACCCCGAGCCAGCGAUUCUCGAGAUAAUUGGCGAUCUGGGCCUCGUGGUUAGUGAGCAGUGGUCCGAUGAAGAGGUAGAGCAGUCUCGGCGGCUGGUUGCCUUCGAGCGUCAACAAGUUGGUAGAGUCCUGAGGUUGAGCCACAAAGUAGUUUCUCAACAGGUGUACGAAGAAGAGUAUGGAGAGGACGACACGGUGGUGUCCUGCAUCUGGGACCGCCAUAGCAAGAUCUGCUACAUAACGUCCGCGGAUGUUUUAUCAAUUAUGGAGUGUCUAGUCGGAGCGCCCUUCUAUAUGACCGAAAAAAACCGGCUGCGCCGAAACCUUGAAUAUGCCCGACCUCAGACGGUGUCCAAGUCCGGGGAAUUCUCCCAGCUGUUCAAACUGAUCAUGUCUUACAAUGAGCCUCGGCCGAGAAAGAUAGUCAAGGACACUAAAGUAAUAAAAUGGGACCUUCUGGGUAAGUCACUUCACAAACUUAUAUCGAAGUACUCGACGAUUUAG